AUGCAAGGAGCCUUGUUCCAUGCGCUAUUGCUCACCUCGUCGUGGGCAACUACAUGUUCGGCGUUUUGGCUUCCUUGUCGUUCGAUUCGUCCUUGUCCGACAUAUGGCGGCAAUGCAGAACGAGCCCUUCGUGGAGGAGAUGGAGGAGAUGGCAGCAAUGAUAAUGAUGUUUUGUUGGAUGAUAUUCUCCAAGUGGCAUUGACAGCCUCGGCCAAGGCAGCGGGGAUUAUUGCCAUUCACAGUGAUGGAUCCGAUGUGGUCGAAACCAAAUCCACCAGCCGCGACUUGUUGACACUCAUUGACCCAAUGUGCGAAAAAGCCAUUCGAGAGACCGUGUUGGAACGGUUUCCACAUCACGGCUUUUUGGGCGAAGAAGGUGUGCCACCAGGGAUCCAAGCCGCCGAAGCGGCAUUGGAAGAAAAAUUAGCUGCUAGCACAGACUGGCUGUGGAUUGUGGAUCCCAUUGAUGGAACCACCAAUUUUGCCAGUGGGAUUCCGCUAAAUGCGCCCAGUGUCGCUGUAGCCUACAAGGGAGAAAUCAUGGUGGGAGUCAUUCAUGAUCCCCAUCGCGACGAAAUUUGGACGGCGGUUCGUGGCAGAGGGGCAUUUCUCAAUGGAAAACCAAUAAUUCAAACGUCGUCUUCUUCAACAUCCAUUGGAGAUGCCGUGAUUGGGGCUGAAUCACCGGCUGGCCAACAUAGUUUGGAAGUUGCCGUAAAGGGAAUCACAGCCCUCAUGCCGCGCUGUCGGACGGUACGAAUCCUGGGGUCCACGGCGGUGCAGUUGCCGUGGGUGGCGCAAGGCAGAUUGACAUGUUAUUGGUCACCCGAUGAAUGUGCAUGGGAUCAUGCGGCGGGAGCCAUUAUCGUGCAAGAAGCGGGAGGCAUCAUUACGGAUCUAGACGGGUCGCCCUUUACGCUCCGAACUCGCAAAUUCAUGGCGAGUCAAAAUGAGCAAGUGCACCGCGAAGUCUUGCAAGUGCUGAAAGACGAAGCAGGCAUUCAAUAA